GCCAAAAUUAGCAAAGUUGAUUUUUGACAUAAUUCUGGAGAUAUUUCUCCUAAUUUCCACUUUUGGAAAUGGAAAAAAAUAUUUUUGAUCCUUUGGGAAUCAUUCUAGUGUCUUCAGGAAGCAAGGGAGACCGGCUCUUGUUUAGAUAUCCCUUUGAAAGCACUGGAAAUGCUGAGGAAUCCGUGAAAUCCAAGAAAAGUCCUUAUGCCCAGAUUGUCACAUCUGAUCCCUUCAGUCAGAAAAGGAAACUCAAAUCAUCCAUUCAAAAUGGCGAAUUAGUGGGGUACACUGACACCAUCCUCACGAAUCUCUUGGCUGUAAAAUCAGAUCUUUGUGGAAAGAAAUUUGAAUUACGGAUUGAUGAUGUUCUGUUUGUUGGGUUUCCACUUCUACUGCAAAGUGGAUCUGGAGUCUCAUACAGGAAAGACCAACCCACCAUGAUCUCCUUCAAUGUUGUCUUUGCAUUACGGACGAAUGUUGCAGCCUCCGUGAUCAACUGCUACCAUGACUUAGCAAAGCAAAUAGCUGUUGCCCUCCGUCAUGAACAGACGAGAUGUAACUACCUCAGUCAACAGAAGAGUAUCAUGUGGGGGAUCCAGGAUGAUAUUGCCUCACUGCCUGAAGAUGCUAUGGAAUCUCCCUUCCCACUGAUUCUUCAAAAGUGUCCUUUGGCAAAGCACAUGAAACACAUCUAUGAUGGGUUAUGCAGCACCGGUAUUAUCUUAUUACGGAUAAACAAGUGGGUUGAUAUCAGUUUCUGUCUUCCACACAAAGUUCACAACGCUGGCAUUGCUCACAAGGGAAUUACUGUUGAGCCAGAAGCAGUUCAGAGAUGUCUGUCAGCAUUAAAGCCCUAUCAUGCUGUCCUAUUGCUGGAGGAUGAAAACAAACUUCUUGACUCUCUCCCUCUCGACUGCAGUCCUUCUUUAAUUAGGGUGAUUAAAGUAUCAAGUCCACUCAGAAGUUUACAGAGCUUGGCAUCAGAUGCAGAUCUGGCCUUGUCUCAGGUGUUCCAGCUAGUGAGUCAUCUGGUUGACUGGGCCAAGGCAACCAUCAUCUAUCCUCUGUGUGAAACCAAUGUAUAUGUCAUCUCACCUUAUGCUAAUACAAUGGUAAACUCCACUCUCGUUGAGGAGUUCACUGAGCGCUUUGCACAUGCUUCCCUAGCGUGUAUAUUGUCCGAGUUUUCACUGCCAACACCCUAUGGUGAACAUCGGGACUUUCUUGGAUUACCACAGCAUCAGGCUCGUCAAGUUCAGAUGGUGAUAUGGCUAUUACAGCAUCGGCUGCUGUUGCAGUUACACACUUACAUUAACUUCGUUCCGCCGAAGUUGCCUCACAUUCAUGUAUCUUCAUCGCAGAACCAGCAGCGCGUAUCUGUUGAUCACAUUGCCGAUACCAGCUCUAGUGGCAAUAUAAAGCGGCCAUCCAGUCUCUCGGAUGUAGAAUCGGUAACCAGUGAUGGAAGUCCUAACAUCCUGUGGAACAGACCCUCCCCAGAGACAGAAGCUGGCAUGGUUGUGACGGAGGAAAUGAAGGCCAAUUGGAGGAUACAGGAGAUGCUGGGUCAUCUCACAGGGCUACAGAAACAAAGCCUACAGGCAGUGCCUGCUGCCAGUAACCCAGAGGAUUUAAAGACUUUUGCAAAGCUAAGCCCAUACUUUAAUGGCAAGCACCAUCUUGAGGACAUCAUGUACUACGAGAAUGUGAGACGAUCACAAUUAUUGACUCUGUUGGAUAAAUUCAGGAGUGUGUUGAUUACGUGUACUCACCAGGACCCUGCCACAUCAUUUCAUGUGCCGUCAUGAUGAACAUUGUCAAUUUUGAACUCUAGUCCCGUUGAAUUCAAAACAGAGAUUUUUAUAAAGGACAUCAUCUGCAAGUUUCCCAUGUGAUAUGGUUUCCAUGUUUACACAUACCGGCAAUAGCAAGAAUUAAUAAAGACUAGUAUAGUCUUUAUUAAAUCCUCCCAUUGUUGGGAUUGAGGUUCAUAUUGGGAUUCUAGACUUGGACUCUUGCAUAAGCCGCACGUACACCACCUGAAAAUAGACCACCAAUCUUGGUUCGCGAACCAAUGCCGCACCAUCGAAAAUCCACCAGGCGCUUACACCAGCGCUGCAGCUAGUUAUAAAAUCCGGCUACAGAUGGCGCGCAAACAAUAAGCAGAAAGCGCCAUUUCGAAAACGCCGCCUGGAGCCGAACCAUUCUAACUAGCUAAUUGCCGAUCCAUUUGCGCGUACACCACGACAAAGCCGAGCUUUUAACAAGCCGGGCGAAUUUGGACCAUCAAGCUUGGUGGGACAAAUUCGCCCGGCAAUUUGUAUCGGCAAUGGAUUGCCGAACUAAUUUGUCGCGGCAAUGUGGUGGUGUACGUGCAAUUGGUCCACCAAUAUUUCGUGGUGUAAGCGCAGCUAUUGCGAGGGUGUAGCAUGCUCUUUUGUAAAUAUUGUUAA